AUGAAACGCAGACAAAAAAGCAGUACAAGCUCGCAGGGCUAUCAAACCUGCAUGGAAGAAAUAAGUUUGCGACACGUACUCAUUGCCUUAGAUACUGGUUUUGAGGUACCUUUCGAUGUGCCACUCUCGAUACUAAUGCUGUCACGUGUUUAUUUAUUGGGUAGAUUCAUGGUUCUUCAUAGUAAGCAAUUCCAGGAUGCCUCUACACGAACGCUGGCUGCGUUAAAUCGCAUCCAAACAGUGUUGGACCAGCAGCCAAUUUUGUUUCUGACUACUUUUACCGUUAUCUUUUGGAUAGUUACAUCAUGGACAUUUGUCCAGUGUGAGAGAUUUGGACAAACUGACCAAGAUGUGCCAUCGAUCCUGUACUCUAAUGCUUUGUGGUUUAUUGCAAUCACCUUUAUGUUGAAUGGCUAUGGUGAUAUUGUCCCGAAAACGCAUGCUGGCAGGAUUAUCGCAAUAUUCGUUGGAGUAGUAGUAAGUUGGCAAGAGAGUUUUGAAACAUCAGUGGAAUUAAAUUACAGUUCCUUAAAGUAG